UAUUAUUUUUUCAAAAUAAAUUGUUCAGAAAUUGUUAUGUCAUUUCAUCAAUUAAGGCUUUUAUACAUAUGUAUAAUUAAAUAUAUUUUUCCGUAUUUUACUGAUUGUAAUUCUUCAAAAUUCUGGUUAAACUUACGGAAUCAAAAUGCCACACACAGAAAUUCAAAGUGGAAAACAGGAAGAAAAACUGAAACUUACUAUACGUUUUAAGCAGUUGGCCCGUAGUGCUUUACUGAAUCAGCAAUGGUUGUCAAAUCUAAUAGAUCAACACGGAACGCAGAUACCGUUAUACCGCCCAAAAGUAACAGGAAUACUUACAAACGCCGAAAAAAACCUUUUGCAUAAGUAUCGAGAUCUCCGAAGUAAUUCAGAAAGAUUAGCGUUGGUCAAUCUAAUGGCUCAUCUCAUUGUUUUUUCACAAAUACCGCCCAAAUUACGCGCCCGCUUGGCACCGUACGCAUAUUUCAUAAUUAUCGGCCCAAAACGAAAAAUAUUGGAACAAGGAAGGGAACCAUUGUGCGUUUAUUUUGUGCUUACUGGCGACAUAAAUGUAACAACGAAAAUCUGGAAUUCAAUAAAAAAGAAAUACAUUGAAAAAUUGGAGUAUAUAAGCGGACCUGGUGAAUGGUUAGGCGAUAUAGACUUCCUUGAAAAUCGAAAUAGACAGCAUACAUUCACCAGUAAAUCGGAAGUGGAACUGCUUGCUCUUGAUCGUGACGACUUCGAACGAAUUCUGAUGCCUUAUGUAAAAAAAGCUUGGGAAGACAAGAAAUCUGCAUUACGCUACCUUGAAUAUUUUAACUUUUUCACAAAAGAGCAGUUAGUUUCAGCUUGCCAGCUGGCUACUCUACAACAAUUUGAACCUUAUGAAACUAUUUACAAUGAAGACAAGGGACUAGAAACAUUUGUUUAUUUUGUUUUAAGCGGCACCUGUAUUGUUCUACAAUGUUUAGAAAUGAAAGUUCAUACAUAUUCGUCAUACAGGAGAUUUACAAAGCGAAAGUGGAAAAACUUCGAACUUGUUGAUAUUGUCAAGAGUGAAGAAAUAUUCAAAAAUUUAAGCCUUGCAGAAAUUAGAAGCCAUAUGCGCGUAAAAUCCAUAUUUUCCUUAGCCACAAACGCCGCUGUAGAAGAUGAAUCUCAGUCAGAUGAUAACAUUGAUGUUCAACAACAAAGAAAGGAAAAAACAUUGUUAAGAACCCAUCACUACUUACGUUCAAUAGAGGACCGGAAAAAGCUGGUUAAUUUGUUGGCGAGCCUCACGUGCUUUACUCGAUUACCACCGAAAGUACGAGCCAGACUGGCACCAGUUAUUAAAUUAUCGUUCGUGGGACCAGGAAGGAAAAUAAUAAAAGAAGGCGAUCCACCGUCCACUGUGUAUUUUAUACUCAGUGGAGAAGUUGAGGUAUAUAGAAAUAUUUAUGAUCGGGCAAAAAAUACAUAUGUGGAUAAAUUAGAUUCCAUUAGCGGACCAGGCGACUGCCUUGGGGAUAUUGAAAUGAUUGAAGGGUGCGAUAGGUUAAACACAUACAUUUCUCGUAAUCAAGUUGAACUUCUUGUUCUGCAUGAGGACGAUUUUAAUAGCAUUCUACGACCCACGAUGUCAAAGCAAUGGAUAGAAAGGAAGGAAGCCCUUUUAGCAUUGGAGUAUUUUAAGUAUUUAAAUGAUGAUCAGAUUAUUAGUGCCUGUAAAUUAGGCCUUAUUCGCCAAUUUGAUCCUCUGGAAACAAUAUACUAUGAAGAUAAAGGCCACGUUAGUUAUGUACAUUUCGUAAUUAGUGGUGAAUGCAUGAUUUUGCAGUGUUUAAAAAUGAAGGUUACUACAAAACCGGGCGGAAAAUCGUUUGAACUUUUUGAUAUUUCUGCAAACGAAGACGAUAACCUAUUUCAGGAUUCCGUUUUAAAUAUUUCGAAAGAUGGUAUAUUUCGCAAUAAAUCGUCGUUUUUCGAUGUGAAUUAUGAAAUAAUGUCGGAAGAGGAUGAUAAAAAUAAGAAAGGAAGUCGACUGUUUCAGAAAAUGGAUCUUAAAAGUAUAGAAGCUUCAUGUGGCCUAAAAGGAAUAAGCGAGGAGGAGAUUACAUCUGGAAAAGAUAGCCGAUUUUCCAAGGAGUAUUUAAACGAGUCUGAAGACGAAGAAUAUUGCUCACAGUUCACCGAUUAUCCGAAUACACAAAGAAUAAGUGUCGAAAAUAUGCACGGAUAUUUGUUAUCAUCGGGAAGCAACAUCGAUAAGCAAAGGAUUUCCAAUAUAAAGAACAAAGAAAAUAUACCACCCAGUGAUGAAUGGAGAAGUAGAGAAGAUUAUUUCAAUGGUCCAAAUUCUAAUAUUGAACUUGGUGGAAUAUCCAGUACAAAAAAAGAAUGUAAUACGAAAAUUGAAAAUCAUUUUAUUGACGUUGGGUCAAUAACGUUUGGAGGUAUUUUUAGUUUAGGCGAGAAACUGGAGCAUCGGGUUAUAAUGGCAAGAACUACCGUCCAAUGCCUUAUGUUGCCAAGAUAUUGGCUUAUGGAAAGAGACCAAAACCCGGGAAACAUAUGGCAACGUAGGCGAUUUUACUUAGAUUCGACAAUCCCAUCUAGAGAACAACUCUUCAAAGACUUUUUAACUACUCGUACGUGGCAGAAGUUUAAAAACAGUAUAAUAUCAAGCAACUUCACACGAUAUUUGGGAAAUCCAACAAAAGUUCAGGAUAUACCUAUCAUUUGUCGAAUUGUUGAACCUAGUGAGGAUUAAUAUUGGUGUGAUGGAAUAAUAAAGGCAAUGAUUUAUUUAAAAUUUUCGCGUGUAUAUAAUAAAUGUAUAACUUUAUGCACGAUGUUAAAGCCAAAUAUAUAUUUAUGUAUGCUGGUAUAUGUUAUACUAUA